GGAGUACAGUUGGGCGGCUAUUGUUGGAGAUUGCACGUUGGACGGCGACUGCAUGCAGAGCCCGAACUACCCACAGAAGUAUGAUGCAAACCAGGCGUGCACCUUGCAUAUCGAUCUGCGGACGGCCGUACCCAUCGCGGUGGAGAGUUUCACCACUGAGAGUGGUUAUGACAAGCUUACCGUCAACGGAGUGGUCUAUUCUGGGUUUUCUGGCCCCAGUGGCAUAACGCCCUCGGCGAGUAUUUCUUGGACCUCCGACCACAGUCUGCAUCAAACCGGGUGGAGGCUUUGCAUGCCGGGGGCCAGCUCCGAGUGGUUCCCGCCAACACCUGUUCCGCUGGAGUACAGUUGGGCGGCUAUUGUUGGAGAUUGCACGUUGGACGGCGACUGCAUGCAGAGCCCGAACUACCCACAGAAGUAUGAUGCAAACCAGGCGUGCAUCUUGCAUAUUGAUCUGCGGACGGCCGUACCCAUCACGGUGGAGAGUUUCACCACUGAGAGUGGUUAUGACAAGCUUACCGUUAACGGAGUGGUCUAUUCUGGGUUUUCUGGCCCCAGUGGCAUAACGCCCUCGGCGAGUAUUUCUUGGACCUCCGACCACAGUCUGCAGCAAACCGGGUGGAGGUUGUGCAUGCCGGGGGCCAGCUCCGAGUUGUUGCCGCCCACGCCAGCUCCGCCGGCUCCGCGGCCGCCGCCGCCAGUGCCAACGCCGUCGCCGAAUGCUUCUUCACACCG